UAAAAUUUUGAUUGUUAGCUUAUAUGUUGAUGAUCUAAUUUUUACUGGUAAUGAUGAGAGUAUGUUUGUUAAGUUCAAGAAUUCUAUGAAACUUGAAUUUGAUAUGACUGAUUUGGGAAAGAUGAAAUAUUUUCUCAGUGUGGAGGUUUUACAAAAUCCUUAAGGCAUUUAUAUUAGUCAAAGAAAGUAUGCAAAAGAAGUUUUGGAGAGGUUUAGGAUGGAGAAGAGUAAUGGUGUGAAGAAUCCCAUUGUUCCUGGCAUUAGACUAAUGAAGGAUGAAGAAGGAGCCAAGGUGAAUGCUACCAUGUACAAACAAUUGGUCGGAAGUUUUAUGUAUCUAACUGCAACAAGGCCGGACUUGAUGUAUGUGGUAUCUCUCAUUAGCAGAUUCAUGGCAAGUCCAAUUGAGUUGCAUUUGCAAGCUACGAAAAGGGUGUUAAGAUACUUGAAAGGUACUGUGGAUUUGGGAGUCUUUUAUCGAAAGGAGGGUAAUGGAGAAUUGAUGGCAUAUACAGACAGUAAUUAUGCAGGAGAUGUAGAUGACAGGAAAAUCACUUCUAGUUAUGUGUUUCUACUCAAUGAAGGAGCUGUGUCCUGGUCCUCUAAAAAACAGCCUGUAGCUACUUUGUCCACUACUAAAAUAGAGUUUGUGGCAGCUGCCUCUUGUGCUUGUCAAGGGGUGUGGAUGAGGAGAGUAUUGGAGAAGCUUGGUCAUUCUCAAGGCAAGUGUACCACUGUGUUAUGUGACAAUAGUUCUACCAUUAAGCUAUUCAAGAACCCAGUCAUGCAUGGACGCAGCAAACACACUGAUGUAAGAUUUCAUUUCUUGCGUGAUUUGACCAAAGAUGCAGUUGUUGAGCUGAAGCAUUGCGUCACACAAGAACAAGUUGCAGACAUUAUGACAAAACCACUUAAUCUGGAUGUGUUCUUGAAGCUGCGUGAGUCAAUGGGUGUGUGUGUGGUAUCACGAGUAAACUGAAAGCAUUACUGCAAUCAGUUUAGGGGAGGAAUUGUUGGGUUGUUAGAGUUAUAGU